ACAGAAAAAGAAAAAAAAAAUGUGUAUGAAAACGAGUGGUAUCUGUUCUCAAAACGACAGAACAAGAAACAUAAAAGGACAACUUUCAUGGAAAAAAAGAAAAGAAAAAACCAUAAUCCGAACCUGAACAGAAGUGAUUUCAGAACGGUUCUAGGUGGCAAUGGCAGCAAAAUCUUUGGGCGUCGGUGUGCCUCUGAGUCACCUCGUCGGUUCCAAGUCGCCACCUAGGCUUUGCGCCUUAAUUAUCAGAUGCUCUGCUAAGAAGGGUGAAAGGCCUUGGAAAACUUCGGAUGCUAGGCUUGUGUUAGAAGAUGGAUCAAUCUGGAAAGCAAAGUCGUUUGGUGCUUCAGGAACCCAAGUGGGUGAAGUGGUUUUUAAUACAUCAUUGACUGGGUAUCAAGAAAUUCUAACAGAUCCUAGUUAUGCUGGUCAAUUUGUGCUGAUGACAAACCCGCAUAUUGGUAACACUGGUGUAAAUUUUGAUGAUGAGGAAUCAAGAAAGUGCUUCCUUGCUGGUCUAGUAAUUAGAAGUUUAAGCAUCAGUACCUCAAGCUGGAGAUGUGUAGAAACUUUAAGUGGUUACUUAUCAGAAAGGAAUAUCAUGGGAAUUUAUGAUGUUGACACACGGGCUAUCACACGCAGAUUACGACAAGAUGGCAGCCUUAUUGGUGUGUUGAGUACCGACAAUUCUAUAACAGAUGAGGAACUACUUAAGAUGUCUCGUUCUUGGGACAUUGUUGGUAUUGAUUUAAUAAGUGGAGUAUCAUGUCAAACUGUGCAUGAAUGGGUUGAUAAAACAAAGCAAGAAUGGGAUUUUAGUUCUGGAGGGAGUGGAGAGACUUUCCAUGUUGUUGCUUAUGAUUUUGGAAUCAAGCAUAAUAUACUUAAGCGUUUGGCGUCUUAUGGCUGCAAAAUCACUGUUGUACCAUCGACGUGGCCAGCAACAGAAACUUUGAAGAUGAAUCCUGAUGGGGUGCUUUUCAGCAAUGGCCCUGGAGAUCCAUCUGCUGUUCCUUAUGCAGUUGAAACAGUGAAGAAAAUUCUGGGAAAGGUGUCUGUUUUUGGAAUUUGCAUGGGCCAUCAAUUGCUGGGUCAGGCUUUAGGAGGCAAAACCUUUAAGAUGAAAUUUGGUCAUCAUGGAGGGAAUCAUCCGGUUCUUAACCUUCGAACAGGCCAUGUUGAAAUUAGUGCUCAGAACCACAACUAUGUCGUUGACCCUGCUACAUUGCCAGAAGGAGUGGAAGUUACACAUGUUAAUCUUAAUGAUGAAAGUUGCGCAGGCCUUGCUUUCCCUGCUCAAAGAAUAAUGUCUCUUCAAUACCAUCCCGAAGCCUCACCAGGACCUCAUGAUUCUGAUUACGCUUUCGGAGAAUUUAUAAAACUAAUGAAGCAGCAGAAGACAAGGAAACUUGAACCGAAAAUAUCUACAUUAUCUGGUGCAUAACCAUUGAAAAUGUUUACUCUGCAUACUGCUCCAAGAAUCACAUAAUAGUGUAAUUUUGAGAGUGUUGGUUAAGGUAUGAUCAAUUGGGUACCCUCUAAGGGUUGAAUUAGCUUUUAUAUACUCUGUUUCUGAUUGAAGACGGAACAUUGUGUGAGUAUUUUAUAAAAAUAAAAACAAUGAGAACAAUUUUUACUC